GUUCUUCUUCUGAAUGACGGUUUUAGCUGAAGGGUAGCAUCAGUCAACAUCCUGUGAAGUGCCUGUGUUCGCCAUGAUGUGGACAGCGAGCGUCUUCUGCAUCCUCUGGGCAUCGUGUAUCCUCGGAGCUCCAGUAAACAAAGAAAGACAGAAGGUGCUGCUGAUCUCCUUUGAUGGUUUCAGGUGGGAUUAUGACCGCGAUGUGGACACUCCAAACCUUGACAAAAUGGCCAAGGAUGGAGUCAAAGCUGCGUAUGUCACACCUCCUUACCUCACCCUCACCAGUCCUACACACUUCACCCUCUUGACAGGCCGCUACGUUGAGAAUCACGGGGUAAUCCACAACAUGUGGUUCAACACAACCACCCUGGAGAAAAAGGCGUACUAUCAGACUCUCUUUGUGAAUGAGUGGUGGGACAAUGGCACUCUGCCUAUCUGGAUCACAGCACAGAGACAGGGUCUAAAAGCUGGCUCUCUUCACUUUCCUGGCACAGCUUCCAGUUACCAGGGACAGGUUGCUAUGGUGCGGGAAUGGGAACCACCGCUUUACAACUACAAGAAUGAGACCGCUUGGCGAGAGAACAUAGACAAGGUGAUGGGCUGGUUCAGGGACCAGGAUCUGGAUUUUGUGUCCCUGUACUUUGGUGAGCCAGAUGGCACAGGCCACAGAUAUGGCCCGGACUCCCCUGAGCGCAGAGAAAUGGUCAAACAAGUGGACCGAACAGUGGGCUACAUUCGACACUCGACUGAACGACACGGGCUGAGCAGCCGAUUGAAUAUCAUCAUCACAGCCGACCACGGGAUGACCAAGGUGCAACGUGACGGUCUGGUGGAAGAAAUCACGCUGUCCAAGAUCCCAGGUUUUUCGUUCCGUGACCUGUCCUUCCACCUGGUGGACUACGGCCCCUCCGGGAUGCUGUUGCCAAAACCGGGCAUGCUAGAAAAGGUUUACAACACCUUGAAGGGGGCUCAUCCACACCUGCAUGUGUACAAGAGGGAGGAUAUGCCAGAGCACCUUCACUUUGCCAAAAAUGAUCGCAUCCUCCCCAUCAUUUUACUGGCUGACAGUGGAUAUGUUAUCAAUGGGUAUUUCCCAGUUCAGUUCAACAAGGGAGAGCACGGCUUUGACAACCAAGAGAUGGACAUGAAAGCUUUCUUCAGGGCAGUGGGUCCAGCAUUUCACAGGAACCUGGAGGUGGGGCCCUUUGAGACAGUGAACAUCUACCCGUUGAUGUGUCACAUCCUGGGCAUCAAGCCGGAGGUCAAUGACGGCCACCUGAAUGCCACCAAACACAUGCUGAUGACGAGUCGGGGUGAAGGUGUGAAUCACCUGCCAAAUCUCUUCACUGGACUGGCUGCAGUAGCUGGAUUUCUAGUCAUAGUUUUCAUACUGACAAUAUCCCACAAAAUACUCAAGCGCAAACGCAAGAAUAAAAGAUCCACAAGUGUGAGACAUCCUCCAGAAAACAAAGAAAUAAACCAAACUUCCUUUUGACCAAAACAUCAAAAAAAAGCAGUUAUUUCUUAGUCCAAGAUUGAGAAACAGCUGCACCUUCUGGUUGAUCCUCUUUCACUCCAAAUGAGGAAAUGCACUCGUUGAAUCACAUCAGGAACCAAGGAGCAGAGCUGUGUGCAAAUCUUUAUUUUGAAUUAUUUGUGUAAGAAUACAAAUUGAGCAAAGGUUGAAUAGAAUACAAUGUACAACGCGGGGAGGGGGUGUUUUUUGCUUAGUUUUGUUUUGUGUUUGGUUGAAAAUGUCUAAAUGAACAAGGUUUAUGUGUGUACUUUAUGAAACGUAAUAAUUAAAUAUUUGAAUAAAUACAUUAAACUCGA